CCGCCUCACACGUGCUCGAAUGGCAAAAGGACUGGACCCGACCGGAGGUAAAAAAGAGGAGGUGAAGAAUGCCGUGGUCGCUACAGCCUUACUGGUAGCUGUCGUCACGGCUGUGGCACGGCUGGGUGGACGCGCGGCCGUCAUGUCGAUGAUGGGCCUGGACAUACUCGCGGAUGCGGGAGUGACGGGCAAAUUGACGAGUGUCUUAGACAUGGUAGAGGGGAUGGGGAAGGCUGAGAGGCUUCUGAUUUUUUUUUCUCUGUGGGUGGUGGCCAAGAACCUCUGCCUGGACGGC